AUGUUAUUUAUUGCUAUAGUUUUAAUUAUUUUUGUAUUUUUUAUUUUAAUUGGUAGUGUAAUUAUAAACCAAAAGUUUAAAUUGUCAUAUAAAAAUUUAAAAGAAAUUCAUGAAAUUAAUGAUAAUGUUUUUUUAUUAAAAAAUGAUCUUUUAUAUAAUAUAAAAGAUAUAAAUGAUCAAACUAACAUUAUUUCGAACCAAAUAAUUAAAUAUCAAAAUAAUGAAAAUAUGUUAUUAAAUAAAAUAAAAAAUCAAACAAAUUUAAUUGAGAUUUUACAAAAAUCAAAUAACGAAAAAGAGAAUCUAUGUAAAAUAUUAAGGAAAAAACCAUUUUUAGUAGACUCUAGCCUUUUUGAUAAUGAUCAUAAUGAAAUUAUUAAUAAAAACAAUAACAAUAAGAAUGAAAACAAAAAUAAUUUUCAAGUAAUUAAUGACAAUAAUAAUAAUCAUAAUAACCACGAAAAUAAUAAAUUUAAAAAUGGUACAGAGCAAAAUCAAAUAAACAAUAAGCUAAACUCAAUUAAUAAUAAUCAUACUAAUAACAACAAAAAUAAUAAUAAUAAUAAUAAAAAUAAUAAUAAUCUGAAUGAAUUUACAAGAAACCAUUUAAACGAUAUCUAUAACAGUAAUUUAAACCUACAAUACACAAGAAAGAACAACAAUUAUGAAAACAAUUUUAAUAAUAAUAAUAAUAAAAAUAAUUAUUAUAAUAAUUAUUAUAAUAGGCAAAAUAUAAAUAACAAUCAUAAUAGUGGUGGUGAUCAUUAUCAUAACAAAAACAAUAACCUAAAUAAUAAUAAUAAUAAUAUUAAUGAUGAAAAUAACAAUAAUAAUAACGAAAACAACAAAGAUGGUCCUUUUAAAAAUAUGUUAUGUGUGGUUGAUAGUUCUCUAUCACAAUGUAAUAGAAAGAGCACAAAAGAGAGUAUAAAGAGCGGCCAGGGUAUUGUAGAGGGUAGUCUUUUAUCAAGAAGAGCACUAAAUGGAGGUUAUGAUUUGUAUUUUGUAACUAGCGAGCAGUUGUACAGUGGUGGUAAUAAUGAUAUUCCAUUACAGAUUAAAGAUCAGUUGAAAAAAGUGGUUAGUUAA